CAAAUUCAGCAAGUGUUGUCUUUACAAGAACCUUUGCAGCAGGACGGACGCGCACAAGAGGAGCGGUCUUCUCUUACGGAUUGCGCACAUUUGGUCUCGAGGAUGCGCUGAUAUGUGAGACCUUUAACGUCGGCAGCUUCAGUUAAAAUCUACCAAGCCUCUCCACUUCCUCUGCAGCCAUGGGUCCAUUUGCAUCUGCAGGGACCCUCUUGUCCGUCCUCCUCAUUAGCAGGUUGUUAGAGAACACCAUGCUCAAUGCAGAAGUGAAGGAAGGAGAAAUUUUGCCUCCAACCAUUCAGAAGUUGAUGAAAGGAUACAACAAGUACCUGAGGCCUUUUUUUGAGAAUGGUCCUGUUACCGUUGGUAUGAGCUUGGACAUUGCCAGCAUUGAUACCAUUUCAGAGAUCAACAUGGACUACACAGCCACUAUAUUCCUCCGGCAGCGCUGGACAGAUGAGCGUUUGGUUUUUGAAGGCAACAAGAGUCUGAGCCUCGACGGACGGCUCGUGGAGCUCCUCUGGGUCCCCGACACCUUCAUCGUGGACUCCAAGAAGUCUUUUCUUCAUGACAUCACCGUGGAAAAUAGACUGAUCCGCAUCUUCCCAAAUGGAACCGUCCUUUACGCACUGAGGAUUACCACCACUGUGGCCUGUAACAUGGAUCUGACAAAGUACCCGAUGGACAAGCAGACCUGCACACUCCAACUGGAGAGCUGGGGUUACAAUAUCAACGAUGUCAUGUUCUACUGGACCAGAGGAAAUGAGUCUGUCAGCGGCCUAGACACUCUGCAGCUGGCUCAGUACACAGUGGAGGACCACUACACCUCUGUGUCAGAGGCCAUCUAUGAAACUGGUCACUACCCAAAGCUGGUAUUCCACUUUGAACUAAAGAGGAGCAUCCUGUACUUUAUCCUGGAGACAUAUGUCCCUUCAAGCCUGCUGGUGGUCCUUUCAUGGGUCUCCUUCUGGAUAUCCCUGUCCUCUGUUCCAGCCCGGAUUUGUAUAGGAGUGACCACAGUGUUGACCAUGACCACUCUGAUGAUGGGGGCCCGCACUUCACUGCCCAACGCCAACUGCUUCAUCAAAGCUAUCGAUGUGUACUUGGGAAUCUGCUUCAGUUUUAUCUUUGGGGCCCUCAUAGAGUACGCUGUAGCCCACUUCUGCACCCUCACUUACAGUGACACGCACAUGCUCAUGUACGGCCAUCAAAUGCACAGCCUGGAUGAUGACAUGAACGGCAUCGUCACCACCAUCUCCACCCACCGCACCAACAGACGCAAGGAGCCCGACACAAGUCCUGCCCCUGCUCCCGCCUCCACCGAAUUGGCCGUCAGCCCGUCGAGCCCGACAGGCAGCGAGCCCAAGCCUGAAGUGUCGCCCCCAGAACCCACCCACUGGUGCUUCACAGUUUUGGCCACCCUUCGAAAAGUCCUUAGUUUCAUAAGCUGCUGUCAUAUAAAGAACCCACAUCACAUAGACAACUAUUCCAGAGUCACCUUUCCAUUGUCUUUUGUUAUGGUUAACCUUCUUUACUGGACAUAUUAUCUGUACUUUUAGUAUCUAUACCAGUAUUUAUUUGACCUUAAAUAUUUCUGUGUUUAUGUUUGGGUUUAUGAGAAGGAAAGAGUUAAUGCCUUCAUAGCCUAAACUACUGUUUUAAUAUGUGAGCACAUACUUGAAGUUUGGAUUCGUAGCUGUUUCAGCCUCCUCAGUGCAAACUGGUGAGGUUUCAUAAACUCAGCAAUGCUUCCAAGGAUAUGCAUAUUUAUCACCGUAGCACAAUUAUUGCAACUAUGUCUCUGCUCAGGUUAGCGGAUAACACGGAGAAGAUAGUAAUUUAUGACUUGAUGGCCAAAAUGUCCAGGGGCGCUGAGUGAGGACAAAUGGUCGUUUCUCUUUUAGUCUCGCUUGUGAUGGAUUGAUACGGUAUUAGUUUUCUCUCUCUGCCUGGAGGAAAAAGUUUGGAGUGAAAUAGGAACACAUGCCGAGUCAGUGAGUGGAAAAAGAGGAGAAAUGGUGGAUGUCAGUGAUGAUGGAAGCGUUUGGAAAAACUAUAAAACCUUGUUUGUUUUCUUCUAUGACAGCCAAUAGCAUACAAUAUUUUAUAAAAAAUCCCUGAUAUUAUUCAUAACAUAUAUCAAGUACAUUAUUUCAUAAUAUUAUUGUUGAAAUGAAAUUAUGGUAUAUAAUUGAGACAAUGGUGAAAGCAUUGAUCAUCUCCUCUGCAUGGAUUGAUAAUGAAUAGUACCGUCAUAUGUAACACCUUUUAGCUGCUGUGAAAAUUCCAAGCAGUUCAUUAUCAGAUGUAUGCAUACAAGAUACACAAAUGUAAUGCUUCUUACACUUACAUAUUCUUCUGAUCUAUGGCUGCUUUUUUUCUUGGAAUAUUUUCAUUGGAGUCACAUUGGUAAUGUACUCACUUGUAAAUGCUAUUUCGUAAGUAACAGUUUUAUGUAUCUCAAAGUGAUCGCUAGUAUUGUUUUUAAAGAAACUAUAUUGCUGCUUGACUUCUUUUUAAAUAUGUAAAUUAUUUCAUGUGAUGUAGUUGAGGAAGUUAUUUUUGUAACGAACAUUUUGGUCAUUUUAUGUUCUGUGUAAAUUGUAUGAACAAAUCAUUUCCAGUAUUACAUUGUUUUUAUUAUUUGCAAGGAUGUUUCCCUCAAACUCCUAAAUUACUAUUUUUGGGGGAUUUUGGUUCACAUUAAGUCCCUUUCAAACCAAAUAGUCUCUUAAAAGAAAGCAUCUAAGAACGAAAACAGAUGCAGUGUAGCAAUAUAUUAAUUUGAAGGACAUACAAAGAAAUGUUUACAGUGAUACAUGAACCAAACAUAGCUGAGUAUUGAAUGAGAACUGCCACUUUAAGGGGGAACUGCUCUUUUUAUUUUUUAUGUUUGUCCUUAUUCACAAUCCUUGUGUGAGGCAAGAACACACACGCGCUUUUCUGUGAAUUAUACCAGUGACGUGCGGUGAGUUUCAUGACUGGUGAGGCACUGACUUCAUCACAGUCAGAUUUACAAACAUAUGAACCCUAAAGAGUAUCUUUUUCACCAUUUGAUUGGCAGCAGUUAACGGGUUAUAUUUAAAAGCUCAUACCAGCAUUCUUCCCUGCUUGGCACUCAGCAUCAAGGGUUGGAAUUGGGGGUUAAAUCACCAACAAGUAUUCCCGGGCGCGGCGCCGCUGCUGCCCACUGCUCCCCUCACAUCCCAGGGGGUGAGCAAGAAGAUGGGUCAAAUGCAGAGGACAAAUUUCACCACACCUAGUGUGUGUGUGACACUCAUUGGUACUUUAACUUAACUUUAACUUUACACAUACAAACUGUAGCACACAAAAAAGCACAUUUACCUGCCUCUAGUGACCGCACGUCACUGAAUUAUACAUAGUGAAAAACUGCUAGUAAGAGGCAGCUAACAAUGCAGGUAAUGUGGAUGUGAUCUAUUCCAUCUAUAAAGCCCUCUAAAACCAUCCAACACAGUUUUAUAUACAUGCUAUGAGCAUGUAUGUAAUAUAAUAGCGAGCACAUUCAUGAUAACAUGUAACAUUUACAGCACUUUGGUUUGCAACUUCUUUCCUGGGCGCAUAGUUAGGAACACUUCCGUUGCUCUGUGACACCGCAACAUAGAAAGCACUUUGAGUGUUUGCUACCGCUUUGGGAGAGCCAUCCUGCAUUAUCAUGUAGCCCUAUUGUUAAGUAGUUCAAAUAAAAAGUUAAAACAGUGAUUUACUGCUUUACAGGGAGGCGGACUGAUAGGAUAUUGUAUUGUUCAGCACUUUUUCUCUUCUUGAAAUGCUAAAUUCAGAAUAAUCCUCAAAUAAAACUAAUUCCUACACUGCAAAAAGUCAGUGUUCAAAAACAAGAAAAAAAAAUACAAAAAUUAUGGGUAUUUUAUUUGAACUAAGCAAAAUCUGCCAAUAGAACAAGAAAAUUUGGCUUGUCAAGAUUUUACAAAACAAGUAAAAUUAGCUAACCUCAAUGAACCCAAAAAUACCUUAAAAUAAGUAUAUUCUCACUAAUAACAACUGUACUACUAUAUGAGUACGUAUUUUCUAUUGUUUCAUUGAAAAUAAAACAGCAAAGUCCAUUUGGCUGUCAUCUGUUUUAAUUAUGAGACACAAUUGUGUCAAAGUCAUGAUUUUUUUUUUCAGCUUGAAGUAAGAAAUUAGUACUUUAAAAAAGUAGUUUUAUAUUUGUGAGUGUUGAUGACACAGCUUUGCAACAGUUGAUAUUCUAGUUUCAAGCAUGUUUUACUCAAUAUAGGUCAUCAAAUCUCAGCAACAAGCUGUAAUAUCUUACUGAGAUGAUUUAGGACCAAAACACUUAAAACAAGUAAAACACUAACAUAAAAUCUGCUUAAUGAGAAGAAGUAUCUUAUCAGACAGAACAUAAGCAAAUAUCACCCUUAUUUGAGAUAUUUAAUCUUACUUAGAUUUCAGUUUUUGCAGUGUAGCGAUGUUGCGAUGGUCUUAUGCUGUGUUCCAUUUGUUGGGAGAAAAUAGCUAGAGCAUCAAGUUGGUAGCGUGUGGAUUUCCCAUGUUGACCAACUUCUCAGCUUGGUGCCGCAACCUUCUACUAUACAGGUGAUAGAGUCAUGAUUUAUAACCUAGCAUAACUUUUACUAAGGCAGCAACAGCUCAAGCUCCUUAUUUUUCUUCUUUCUUUCAUGGCGGGUCACUACCAAUGUUAUUAGCAGCUCAAGCUAGCUAGUAGCUGGCUACUCGCUAGUGGUCGGAGGAGCAUGUGUGAGCAACGUAAUGUGUCAAUACGGCAGAAAAGUAGUUAGCGCUUACUAUAAAAAUGUUGCUAUAGCUUGGUUAAUUUGCAGGUCACGGCAUGUAACUCAAACGUUGUUGGCGGUUUUUGGAGCGGAGUAGAUGAAUCCCAUUACCUCCAUUGUUGGCAGCCUCGUACAAGCAUUUUUUUAGUAUUUUAAAUGCACGAAAAGAGAAAGAUGUGUCUUGUCCCACAUAAGGAUUGUGGAUGAUGGCCAAGAUCCCCCAAAAAAACAGUUUUCCUUAAACGGGAUGUAGUCUGUUUGCUAUCUUCCAGUGAAGCAGCAACACUGGCAACUAAUGAUGUGUACCAAAGAUUAGAAGAGUUGUGCAUUUUCUGAUGAUCGCAUGUUGUCAGUGAACAUUUCAUAUUUCAGACAACAGGACGAAGCUGCUUGUUGAUUUAUUGUUGCCUCAUUCAGUCUUUUUUAACAUUUACUCACAGUGAAAUUACUGAGGUGAUUACUGAGAACAUAAUUCAUUGCCUUUUGUAACUAUUUCAUCUGCGUCGUUUCACUGUUUUCAAACUACUUUUGUAUUGAUGGCGUCAAAACUGACAAACUAUUUCCUUGAUGGCUUCUUCCUGCAUGCUUCUCGAUGUAUAACUUUUGUUUGUGGUUUGUUUGGGUUUUACUGCGAAUGAAAAUAACUAACCCGAUGCUUUGAUUGUCAAUUAUGCCUCUCCUUAGACCAGUGGUUCUUAACCUGGGUUCGAUCGAACCCUAGGGGUUCGGUGAGUCGGGAUCAGGGGUUCGGCGGAGGUCAAAACACACCCGACUCAUCGUGUAAAUAAAAACUUCUCCCUAUCAGCGUAUUACAGAUACGACAACAGCAGAAGUAAGACUGAUUUGCAGGUGUGUAAUUUGUUAUGAGUUUAUGCACUGUGUUGGUUUUGUUCUUUGAACAAGGUGAUGUUCAUGCACGGUUCAUUUUGUGCACCAGUAAAAAAAACAUGGUAACGCUUUAGUUUGGGGAACAUAUUCACCAUUAAUUAGUUGCUUAUUAGCAUGCAAAUGAGUAACAUAUUGGCUCUUAACUAAUCAUUAUUAAGUACUUAUUAAUGCCUUAUUCGGCAUGGCCUUAUUAUAACCCUACCCCUCUAACCCUGGGCCUGACCCUCUAACCCAGUGGUUCUCAAAUGGGGUACGCGUACCCCUGGUGGUACUUGAAGGUAUGGCGAAAAAUACGGUACGUUAGAUUUUUUUUAAAUAUUCUAAAAAAUAGCAACAAUUCAAAAAUCCUUUAUAAAUAUAUUUAUUGAAUAAUACUUCAACAAAAUAUGAAUGUAAGUUCAUAAACUCAGUGAAGCACAAGCUCAGGUUUCUCACUAAAAUGCCUGUCAAAAUGAACUGUGAAAAGAAAUGCAACAAUGCAAUAUUCAGUGUUGACAGUUAGAUUUUUUUGUGGACAUGUUCCAUAAAUAUUGAUGUUAAAGAUUUCUUUUUUUGUGAAUAAAUGUUUAGAAAUAAGUUCAUGAAUCCAGAUGGAUCUCUAUUACAAUCCUCAAAGAGGGCACUUUAAGUUGAUGAUUACUUCUAUGUGUAGAAAUCUUUAUUUAUAAUUGAAUCACUUGUUUAUUUUUCAACAAGUUUUUAUUUAUUUUUCUAUCUUUUUUUCCAAAUAGUUCAAGAAAGACCACUACAAAUGAGCAAUAUUUUGCACUGUUAUACAAUUUAAUAAAUUGUAUAACAAAUGCUUUGCUCUGAUUAGGGGGUACUUGAAUUAAAAAAAUGAUCACAGGGGGUACAUCACUGAAAAAAGGUUGAGAACCACUGCUCUAACCCUAACCCUAACCAAAUAACUCUAAAUUAAGUCUUUGUUACUUAGAAUAUGUUCCCCUAGUGUCCAACAAACUCUAAAUUAAGUCUGUGUUGCUUAGAAUAUGUUCCCCAUAUUAAAGUGUUACCAAAAACAUAUAACUUUGUCUUGAAUUUGAAUAAAACCCACAUUUUAUUUUUCACUAAAGAAGGGUUCGGUGAAUGCGCAUAUGAAACUGGUGGGCUUCGGUACCUCCAACAAGGUUAAGAACCACUGCCUUAGAUCAAAAGGCCGGGCUCUUCAAGGUUCUGUUGUAACGUAUCAAUAGGAAGCACUGACAGAUUGAAGAUUUUACAUAAACCAUUUGAGAGAUAAUCUUCCAGUUAAGUAACGGUUGCAAAAGUAAUUAAUGUUGUAAAAAAUAUGCAAAAUAAACCUGGCUUCUAAAGACAAAACUUUGAAAAGUGCAUGAUGAAAAGUCACGGACAAAUGAUUCUUCCGACCAUGUCUUUAUAGUUUUGACUUUCAUCAAAAUUGCCAGAAAAAAAAAAAAAAAUCAUCAAAUGUGGACAAUAGAUAAUGUUGGACAUUUUUUUUAGAGAUGGACUGAACCAUUUUCCCUAUCAUGUUGUAGGACGUGUGAAAAAAUACCUCAUGUUAUGUUGGCGACCACCUGGGACGUCUUCGUGUGACUUGUAUUAAUAUUGUAGCACAAUAAUGAUUUAGAUAUUGUUCUGCUCAACCUGUACUUGUAAAUAAAUCCUGCUGAUAUGCAUGUUGAUUGUAAAUAAAUGACAGCAAUAAAAUCAUUCAAGUCAGUGGCGUGCGGUCAGGUACUGGUGAGGCACUGACAUUUUUGACUCUUGUCUACUAAUAAAUAUUAAUACAGAUUGCACAUUAGAAGGAUAACAAAAUUGAAGAAAAUAAUCUGCCAUUUCCGAUGAUCCACCUGUGAGAUUGGACUAUUCCAAACACAUGUAUUAACUGUAAAUUGUUCACUUUGUUUAUGUUGAGUGCUAUUGACAGGUUUAACAACAUCAACACAAUAUGUAAACUAGUUCCAGUUUCUCUUUUAUGGCAUACAAUUGAGCAAAAAAAAGGCAAUAAGGGAAGUAUAUCUAUAUCACGCUUUGUCUCUUGAGACUUAAAGCGCUUCUCAUUGUGAAACCCAUCUUUUAAGCUACUUUUAAACCAAUGUGUUUGGCACCGGGAGCAAGGUGAGUAACGUUGCGUAAGGACACAACAACAGUAACUAGGAUGGCGAAGGCUGGAAUCGAACCUGUAACCCUCUAUAUGCUAACGCAGCCGCUCUAUCAUCUGAGCUACGCUGCGAUAUUACGCAAUAACCGAACAAAAGCAAACACUACUACGUACUACUCGUUUAAAUCCUUUGGUUUUUGCCCUCAAAUUCCUCCUGUUUCCAGGGAAUUAUUCCGUGAAUUUGUAAACAUUAACAAAAACAACAAAAAAUUAUUUUGAGAGAAUAAAAAUAUCGAUGUAAUCACUCUGGUAUAGAUCAUAUACUGAUACUACACCAUCAAUCAAUCAAUCAAUGUUUAUUUAUAUAGCCCUAAAUCACAAGUGUCUCAAAGGGCUGCACAAGCCACAACGACAUCCUCGGUUCAGAUCCCACAUCAGGGCAAGGAAAAACUCAAUCCAGUGGGAUGACAAUGAGAAACCUUGGAGAGGACCGCAGAUUUAUGAUCCACCCUACUCUUUUGUGUUGUGUACUGACUAUGACAAUUAGAUUAGAUUAGUUUAUUUCAAAUGGGACAAUGCAAUGUCGUAAAAACACAUGACUACACAUGGUUAAAAAAGCCAGAAUUAGCCAGAAGGCUAGUUUUCAUCUGUAGCCAUGAUGUAAAAAAGCAGUAAAAUUACAAUUUAAAAGAAAAAGAAAAGAAAGAGAGAGAGAGAGAAAGAAAAAAAGCACACAAUACAUAUAAUAUAUGAUAAAAAAUAAAAAACAACAUAACAUUUAUCUUAGUAUUAAAACAGGCUCAUCUUUUAGUGCUGGCAGCUGUAGGCCUUGAUAAGCCACAUUUAAAUUUUUUUUGUGAAGGCCUUGUAAAUUGUGACCAGUUUAACCUCCUCAGGUACUGAGUUCCACAGAUGUGCCCUCCUUACUGACCAGGCCGACUUACUGAAAGUGCUCCUGCGCAGAGGAAUAUAACAGUCACCUCUGACAGAGCCUCGAGUGACACUCUCACAAUGCUGACACAUCAAUAGAUGAUGUGAAUAUAUCCUCUCUUUAGACCAGGCCUGGGCAAUUAUUUUGACUCGGGGGCUAAAUUUAGAGGGAAAAAUGUGUCUGGGGGCCGGUAUAUCUGAUUUUUAGGAACACUAAUUCAAAACCUCACAAUAAUGUCUGAAUGCUAAAAACAUUAUGACAGACCACCUUAAAAAACGGAAUGGCAUUUAACAUUUUUUGACUGAAUGAGACACCCAGAAAGUACAUGAAAAUAUUGAAUGAAUUUACAAUAUUAACUAUGAAGGAUAAAACACUGAAUAUUGACAACAUAUGAACGUCACACCCCCUCUCCAUCCACAUAUUCUACAACCAAGCGAAACGCAACAAAAAUAUAGAUGCAAAGGGUAAAAGACAAAACUGAAAAAAUUUGCUCCUGGCUUGCUGUAUGUGUACUUCAUACUGAUACUUAAAGGGGAACUGCACUUUUGUUUGUAAUUUUGCCGACCCGUCAAUCAUUAUGAGAAACAAGAAAGCAGGAAGAUGCGGCUAAUGGGAGUCACCGUUGUAGCCUUCAAAGCCUUCUAAAACAACUUCAAAACCCUCCAUUAACGUUUUGUUUACACACUGCAUGUCUAUAUAUAAUUUAGUAACAAUCAAGUUCAUAACAAUAUGUUAUAUGUUCAAUAUUUAACGUAUUUUGGUAAUUUUAAGAAUUCCCAGAACUGAUUUCCUCAGCUCAUUUAUUUCUGUUUCCAUAGCAGCACACUUCCGGCAACAACUUGUGUUCCUACUUCUGGAUUCAAACACAAGUGUUUAAUUUGACCUGCUGUUGUACUCUGUCUCAAAGUGUUAACAUGUGCUCAAUGUUUCCUUACCAUUAUUGCUAUGUUGUCUAUUAC